AUGAUUAUCAAUCUGUUAAUCGAUCGGCUUCGAAAGCUUAACCAUCUCCCCAGAUGGCAAGAAGCUCUACGUCCUGAUCCAAUCAGCCCUAAACCAGGAAGGAGGACUGAAGAACAAACACUGGCGAUACGCCCACUUUGUCGAAUACGACGUCUCCCAGCACGAGCCGGUUUACAAAGCGGAAUAUGUCGUGCCCCUGCCGCUGUACAACAACACGACAACAAAGUCGCCGCUCAGUCAGAGAUCCACUAUGUCUCCGACACGCAGUUCCUCGUGCUGGCGCGGGACUCCAACGCGGGCCACGGCCAGACCGACUCAGAGAGCUUGUACUGCCACGCAGACGUGUUGCGUUCGACAUCGCUGACGCGACGAACGUCAAGAAGUCCAUGGGCAACGACGCAUUCAACGGAUCGAUUGCGACGACCGACGACCGGCACGCUGCACGCGGGCAUCCAUGGAGCCGGCACGGAUAUCAGAACUUCGGCCGCUUCCGAUACAAGGACGCGUCAGGUAACUUACAGUCUGGACAAUCAGGCCUUUGUGUUCAAGGUUAAGUUGCCCGGGGGAAUUCCUUGGGUCUAUUUAUUCUAUUCAACUAGCUUGAGUGAGAUGUACCUGGGUAGGCGGGCGGAAUUACCUAACUUGUUAUUUACCUUGAGAGAGUUGCGAGCCAGUUAA